GCAGCAGAGUCCCCAGCAGUCCACCGACGGUCGCCCAAAAUACCGCAAGAUAGAUAGAAUAAUGCUGCCGCCGCCGCCUCUGCUCCAGCUCUAUAUAUACGCACCUCCUUCCCCUCCGUUCCACACACCUCACAGCCUCAUCACACUCACAAGCACCCAAGAACGAGCAGCCCCUAGCCUAGCCUAGCCUUGCUAAGCUACUCUCUCAGUGCCUGCCGCGCUCGUAUACUUCACUCCGAGGAGGAGAAAGCUGAGAGGUAGGGGAGCUCGGUAGUGCUGAUCCAUGGCGGCGCACAACGGCAUCAAGCACGUGGCGCCCAUGGAGGUGUCGGUGGAGGCCGGGAACGCCGGUGAGGCCGAGUGGCUGGACGACGACGGGCGCCCCCGCCGCACCGGCACGGUGUGGACGGCCAGCGCGCACAUCAUCACCGCCGUCAUCGGCUCGGGCGUGCUGUCGCUCGCCUGGGCCAUCGCGCAGCUCGGCUGGGUGGCCGGCCCCGCUGUCAUGCUCCUCUUCGCCUUCGUCACCUACUACACCGCCACGCUGCUAGCCGAGUGCUACCGGACCGGCGACCCAGCCACCGGGAAGCGCAACUACACCUACAUGGACGCCGUCCGGUCCAACCUCGGCGGUGCCAAGGUCGCCUUCUGCGGGGUGAUACAGUACGCCAACCUCGUCGGCGUCGCCAUCGGGUACACCAUCGCGUCCUCCAUCAGCAUGCGGGCCGUCAGGAGAGCCGGAUGCUUCCACACCAACGGCCACGCCGACCCGUGCAAGAGCUCGAGCAAUCCAUACAUGCUCCUCUUCGGCGCCGUGCAGAUCCUCUUCUCGCAGAUACCGGACUUUGAUCAGAUUUGGUGGCUCUCCAUCGUCGCCGCCGUCAUGUCCUUCACCUAUUCUUCCAUCGGCCUCUCCCUCGGCAUCGCACAGACCAUUUCCAAUGGCGGGUUCAAGGGCAGCCUCGCCGGCAUCAGCAUCGGCGCCGGUGUCACCUCCACGCAGAAGAUCUGGCGCAGCCUGCAGGCCUUCGGCGACAUCGCCUUCGCCUACUCCUUCUCCAACAUCCUCAUCGAAAUCCAAGACACGAUCAAGGCGCCACCGCCGUCUGAGGCGAAGGUGAUGACGAAGGCAACGCGGCUAAGCGUGGCGACGACGACGAUAUUCUACAUGCUCUGCGGGUGCAUGGGGUACGCGGCGUUCGGCGACGAGGCGCCUGACAACCUCCUCACGGGGUUCGGCUUCUUCGAGCCCUUCUGGCUGCUGGAUGUCGCCAACGUCGCCAUCGUCGUGCACCUCGUCGGCGCCUACCAGGUGUUCUGCCAGCCCAUCUUCGCCUUCGUCGAGCGCCGCGCGUCCGCCGCGUGGCCGGACAGCGCGUUCAUCACACGGGAGCUCCGCGUGGGUCCCUUCGCGCUCAGCGUGUUACGCCUCACGUGGCGGUCGGCGUUCGUGUGCCUCACCACCGUCGUCGCCAUGCUGCUCCCCUUCUUCGGCAACGUCGUCGGCCUUCUCGGCGCCGUCUCCUUCUGGCCGCUCACCGUUUACUUCCCCGUCGAGAUGUACCUCAGGCAGCGCAAAGUGCCACGCGGAAGCACGCAGUGGAUCUGCCUCCAGACGCUCAGCGUCAGCUGCCUCAUCAUUUCCAUCGCCGCCGCGGCGGGCUCCAUCGCCGACGUCAUCGACGCUCUCAAGGUUUACCGGCCGUUCAGCGGUUAACCUCGCCGGCCGUACGUGCAUGAAGCUUUACAUUGCGGUUAAUCCAUCGUACAAACUAAGACGGGAAAAAACGCAGUGUGGGAUGUUUGCACCGAGACCCCUAUGAAUUAGUGUUAUUAAGGUACAUGGAUUAGGCGCUCUUGGGCACACGAAGUUUAAUUCUCUGGAAGACAAGGGGUGUGGACAGAAUGGCAGGAGGUGUUCUUUGUGAUACAAAGUCCGGUGCAGGGUGCCUAGUGCAAAAGUACUAGUUUUGUCGAGGUCAUGUUACUGUAGUUUGUUGUGCAACCUGUUGUACCGGAGAAAUGUGAAGUAAUAUAAAAAGACAAUAGCGAAAAAAAAACCUGCUUCGUUCA